GUCCCAGGUGUUUUCUUCUCCUAAAAUUGCUGCAAUUUUGAACACUGCUGACGAGAAAGGUCCCAUUUUCAACGUUUCUCUUACACAUAGACCCGAUUGCGCCAUCAACCCACAAAAAGACAUAACCUUGGAAAAUUGCUGCAUUAGUUGUAGACACUGGAUAAAAGAAGCCAAAGGCUCGCAUUAUCCCAAUUAGGCGUUGACUCAAGUGUCCUUCCCUAUUUGUCUGCGUGCAAACAGCGAAUUCGAAAGAGUGUGCAUUUACAUGCCAAGUCAAGAGUGUCCGCAGCCAUGUCCCUGCCAGCUCACCCAGCCGACCAGCACCCGGAGGACCCGGGGUCCACUCCGGUACCCGGCGCAUCAGCCUCCAACCAGGGCCCGAGUUUCGUUCCGAAAGUCAGAUCGUUUUUUCGAUCCGUGCCCUUUCAGAUCCUCAUUGCCUGCGGUGUGUCGUUCACAGCCCCUGGCAUGUGGGAUGCAUUAGGCGGACUUGGUGCCGGCGGCGCAGCUGAGCCAUACGCAGUUAGCGCAGCAAACGCUCUCGUGUAUGGAUUAUUCGCGGUUGUUUGCGUUGCGGCAGGCGCCAUUAACAACCGCAUCGGCCUGCCGUACGGACUGGCCCUAGGCGCCAUUGGAUAUCCGCUGUAUGGUGCUGGGUUAUACACCAACAAUGUCAGUGCCAACACGUGGUUUAUGCUGUUCGGUAGUGCCCUUUGUGGCAUCUCUGCGGGGUUCUUUUGGGCAGCUGAGGCAGCCAUCAUCAUCGGAUAUCCUUCUCCUGGGGAUCGCGCCUUCUACCUGGCCAUCUGGCAGACAGCGAAAGCGGCAGGGCCAAUCGUAGGCGGUGCCAUCAACCUGGGCCUAAACGCCAAUAGAAAAACCGUGGGCUCCGUUUCGUCGUCGACCUACAUUGUCUUCAUCGUCAUCAUGUGCCUUGGCCUUCCUAUUGCCCUGUGCCUGUCACCCGCGCGGAAAGUCUGGCGCAAGGACGGCACCAAAAUCAACACGCCCAUGGAGUCGAGCUGGGGAGGAGAAUUCAAGGCUGUGGGGAAGCUUUUCGCCAGCCGGAGAAUCUUGCUUUUGCUGCCGGCCUUCUUCAUCAGCUAUUUCUACAAUGGCUUCAUGAGCACUUGGCUGGCGACCUACUUCACUGUCCGUUCUCGCGCCUUCUCAAGCUUUUUUACCAACUUUGCCGGCAUAUUCAGCUCUUUUCUCAUCGCAGCGUUGCUGGACAACCAAAAGGUCUAUAUCAAGACCCGUGGCCGGAUCGCCUUUCUCUCCAUUGUCGCCUUACUCGUUGGGACUUGGAUCUGGGCCACCAUCUUGCAGAAGCAGAUCUAUGAUGCCGCCGAACCACCCGUCUACGAUUGGUUUCAAGGAGGGUUUGGUAAAAGCUAUGCUCUCGUCUUCUUCUGGCAGUUUGGCGGACAGGCCUUUCAGCAGUUCCUGUACUGGCUGGUUGGCCAGUACGCAACUGACCUUUCUGAUCUAAGCCGUCACACCGGCAUCCUGAGAGGCACCGAGGCUCUAGGGCAAACGGUUGCCUGGGCUAUGCAAUCUGAGGGCAACGCCAACCACUUCGUGAGCAUUGGUCUCAACUUUGGCAUGACAGUCCUUUGCCUUUUCCCCACAUGGAUUAUCCUCUCCGAGCUUGAGGGGAGUCAUGAGGGUACGGAGGAUGGAGCAGAUGAUCACCAAAGUGAUUCUGUCGAGGGAACUGACCCGAAAAUGGUGACUGUUAUGCCGUAGGACCGCGAUAGUCCAUAUCUGGAGGCCAGGCGAUUACGGAUAUCCUCAAUCAAUGUAUCAACUCUGUAUCAACUCUGCACCAGUGUGUAUUUAAUAUACUAUACCCAAAUUCCAACAAUGACGACAUGAAGGC